AUGUCUUUCCAGAAGCCCGAGAAGGAUUUCGGCGAGGGCCCUAAGGUCCACAAGAUCCGCAUCACCCUCACCUCCCGCAAGGUCGCCUCCCUCGAGAAGGUCUGCCAGGAGCUGAUUGACCGUGCCCGCAGCAAGUCUCUGCAGGUCAAGGGCCCUGUCCGUCUUCCCACCAAGACCCUGCACAUCUCCACCCGUAAGACCCCCAACGGUGAGGGUUCCAAGACCUGGGACAAGUACGAGAUGCGCAUCCACAAGCGUCUCAUCGACCUGCUCGCCCCCACCGAGACCGUCAAGCAGAUCAUCAUCAACAUCGAGGCUGGUGUUGAGGUUGAGGUUACCAUUGCUGCUUAA